UCGACAUCCGCGCGCCGCCGCCGGUGUCUGCGGCGGUGAUGGCGGACAUGGCGCGCGCGCUGUCCCCGACGUCGAGACGCGUCCGGUUCUCGAGCGAGACGACGUGCACGACGCACUCGAAGGAGGCAUAUGACCGCUCGCCGAUUGUCACGGUGCAUGAUGCGCGGCUCGAGGGAAGCCCCUGCAAGAGCAAGAGCAAGAACAAGGCCACACGCGAGAGGGCGCGGGCCACCGUGCGGACGGAGGCCUUCCCCGUGUCGAUGUCGACGCCCAACUUGCACGGAGCGAGCGCGAGCCCGGGCGGGCGGGAGCGCAGGCCGUCUCUCCGCCUGCAGUCCGCGAGCCGUGCGUUCGUCGCGCUGUCCAUUCAGGAGGAGGGGGAGUCUGAGGAGGAGCGCCGCUCCCGGCCUUCGCUGACGAGGUCGGUGUUCGAGCGUGCGCAGAUGAGACCGAGGCCGCGGGCACGGCCGUCGACGGACUCGUCCCGCGCGAUCUGUGGGGGCGUAAUCGGACGGGGGGUGGACGGGCCGUUCGAGCUUCCCCCAGUGUACGCUGCAGAACACGGCGCGUACUCACAUAUAUACGAAGGCGGGCGCUGGGUCACCACGCCGGCACCGCCCGGCGACUCGUUCAUGAACCUCGACUACAGCGACGACGAGUCCAUCGACGAGGACCUCCACACGGGGUCGAUGUUCGUGCACGGCCGGCGCGCCUCCGAGCGCAGCGCCACCUCCGCUCACCCCGAUGCGCUCUUCUUCACGCUCCAGCCGGAGAGCCCCGAGAGGGAGGAGGCACCGCCGUCGCCCUGGGAGGCGUACGGGCUCGCGGAGACGGAGGGCAAGCGCGAGCGGGAGAGGGAGCGCCGCGAAAGACGUGCGCUGCUCGAUGCGUUCCCCGAGCCGCCCUGCGAGCCGCCCUCGCCAGAGUCGCACGUCCACCUGGGCAUGCUGAAGCAUCAUGCGAUCGCGCAGUGGGUGAAGGAGGCGUCGGCGUCGGUCACGACGGUGGGCUCGUCCGAGGGGCGGGAUCGUAGCGAGAGCCCGAGUCCGCUGGGUUGGGGACAUGGGACGAGCACGACGCUUGGGGGUACGCCGCCGAGGACCCGGCGCGCGGAGGGGCCCCGCAUGCGGUAUGAUGCGUACGCCGUCCCGGCGACCUCGUCCCGGACGCUUGUGGAUUCGGAGGAUACGAGGAGGGGGCGCUCCCAGUCUCCAAAGAAAGGGAGUAAGAUGGGGAACAGAGACAAGCUCCUCCCUCUCGUGCCAUUUGACGAAGUCGACAAGCCGUUCAGGUUCGAACGGCACCCCUAUUCGGCAGCAGCGCUGGGCGCGGAGAGCUGAUGAACUCGAGGAGUGAUUGUCUAUGCAAGGGCGCAAGGCUCUGUUAUGUCUUAUGUCUUAUGUAGUCGCUCAUUUGGCAGUGUACUUAUCCCGUUAUUCGUAUGCAGUCGUCUGCGAGCAGAUGGUGAAACAUCCA